AUGGCUUCUGCCUUUCUUCCUGUCGCCUUCCUGCGCCCUUGCUUUGGGGGCCCCCCCGGCCUUGGGGGCCCCCUGGCCGUUGGGGGCCCCCUGGGCUUUGGGGGCCCCCUGCGCCUAGGGGGCCCCCUGCGAGUUGGGGGCCCCGUGGGGGCCCCCCCGAGGGCCCCUGCGGCAUCUCAGAGAUGCAUUUGGCUGUGUAGCGCUGCAGCUGCGACCCUGGGGGGCCCCCCCUCUGCCCGAACCCAGCAGUGUGCCCUUGGGGGCCCCCCCGCGGCCAAGCCAGGGGCCCCGGGGGCCCCCGGGGGCCCCCUCCCCCAGGGGGGCCCCCAGCGCGGGGGCCCCCCCCAGGGGGCCCCCUGUGGGCCUUUGGGGCUUUUUAGCUGCUCCCAGCGGCGGCUGAGCUGCAUGCAUGCAUCGGGGGUUCGUUUGUUUGCGCCCAAGAAGAAAAAGGGUACUGGGGGGGCCCCCGGGGGGCCCCCCGGGGGGCCCCCCGGGGCCCAGGAAGGCGGCGAGGGGGCAAAAGGAGGGUACGAUCAUGUUUUUAAUAUUUACAAAGAAAUAAAUGAAGACCACAAAUUGCUUGAAGAUAAAUUCUACCCCAAGUGGCUCUGGGGCCUCCACAAUAAGCCCAAGAGCUACGGGGAGCUGGCGCUGGUGUUUCUCUACGGCAAAGGUAUAGAAACAGCCACAGCAAUGGACUAUUUGCGUUUCUGCCGUCUUCACCGCAAAACGCAAAUCCAGCUGAACAACGCGAGACUCAAAAAGAGCAAAAGAAACUCCAUUAAACCCAUCUUCUGGGACGUCUAA